CAGUGUGGGAGGGCAGUGUGCAGUGGGUGUGCCAUGGGUUUGAGUCGUCUUCCCUUCUGUCUCCUAGAUCCCGAUGUCGGAGCAGAACAGCACCAGCGAUGGGGACCCCGAUCCCCAGCACAGCAUGUCUAUGCUCUUCCUGCUUGUCCUGGUUUUCUUCAUCAUGGGACUGGUGGGGUUCCUGAUCUGCCAUGUGCUGAAGAAGAAGGGUUAUCGCUGCCGCACCUUCCGCGAUGAGCUGGACCUGGAGCAAGAGGACGCGCUGACGGAGCUUCAGGCCAGUGAGUUUGGGCAGCAGGGUCAGGGGCCUCAGCUGGACCCAUUGUGCAUUGUCUUGGCAUUGCCAGUCAGUGGCAAGGUGGAAUGGGGGUCGAUCAAACGUGGAGGCCCUGAAGGAGAUGCUGGGGGACGGGGAAGCAGAGGUGCCAGUGCCUAUGCUCAGCCUCUGCCCGCACCGCACCAGCCAGGAUGGGGGCCUGCCCCAUCACCACACGGGGCCCCAGAGCCCUGCAUCCACUGCAGCAAGAGGAAGAGACCCCCCCUGCAUCGCCAAGGCAGGUCCAAGGAUGGCAAAGGCAAGAUGCACCCUGGCGAGACCACGGUCUUCUCCGUGGGCAGGUUCCACGUGACCCACAUCGAGAAGAAGGCCGUUUUCCCAGAGCAGCAGGAUGCAGCACUUCCUGACGGCACCAAGGAAGCCGGUGCCCCGUCCCCCCCAGCG